AAUAGUACAGAUAGAAGAGGCACGAAGUGAGAAGUUAACUAACAACAUGAAGUUACUCAUCUUCUUCACAGUAACUCUGGGCACACUAGUCAUGGGACUAGAUUCUGUUUAUAGCAAGAAACACUACAAGCUGUCAUAUAAACACGGAUCAGAUCACAAGGAAUGCCAUUGUUUGAAUGGAGGAACCUGCAUUACCUAUUACCUCUUCAGCGGAAUUAAUCGUUGCGUAUGUCCAGAAGGAUACACUGGAAUUCACUGUGAACUAGACACUGAAAGAAUAUGCUAUACUGGGAAUGGGGAGGACUACAGAGGAAUGGCAACAGAAGACAAAUGUCUGCCAUGGGACCUUCCCUCAGUAAUCAGUAGGGGUCAUUACCAUGCUCACUUGAAGAAUGCUUUGCAACUUGGACUGGGCAAACACAGCUACUGCAGAAAUCCAAACGGAAGGAACAGGCCCUGGUGUUACACCAAAAAGGGAUUCACCAUUCAAGAAACAUCCUGCAACAUAGAGAAGUGUGGGCGUGCAUGUGGUCAAAGGAGCAUCAGCAAAUACUUCAAGAUUGUUGGUGGAAGCCAGGCAGAGGUUGAGUCUCAGCCUUGGAUAGCUGGCAUCUUCCAAAACAUAAGGGGCAUCGACCAAUUUCUGUGUGGUGGCAGCCUCAUUGACCCUUGCUGGGUGCUUACAGCAGCACACUGUUUUCAUAAUCCGUCAAAAAAACCACAAGACAAAUCCAUCUAUAAAGUCUUCCUUGGAAAGUCCAUACUGAAUGUUACUGAUGAUAAGGAACAAGUAUUCAUGGUUGACGACAUCAUCUCUCAUCCUGACUUUACAGAUGACACAGGUGGCAAUGAGAAUGAUAUUGCUCUGAUAAGGAUAAGAAAAACUUCUGGACAGUGUGCAGUAGAAUCCAAAUAUGUCAGAACAGUCUGCUUGCCGGAGAAGAACCUCUACUUACAAGACAAUACCCGGUGUGAAAUAUCAGGCUAUGGAAAACAAGAUUUUUAUGACAUCUACUAUGCUCAAAGACUGAUGUCGGCCACUGUAAACUUAGUAUCACAGGAAAAGUGCAAGAAAUACUACGACAGUAUCAGAGUAACUGACAACAUGGUCUGUGCUGGAGAUCCUGCAUGGGUGACUGAUGCGUGCAAGGGAGAUUCCGGUGGCCCCAUGGUCUGUGAGCACAAUGGCAGGAUGAUACUUUAUGGGAUUGUCAGCUGGGGAGAUGGCUGUGCAAAGGCAAACAAGCCUGGUGUUUACACCAGAGUUACUCAAUACCUUAACUGGAUUGAUUCUAAUAUGAAUGCAGUAAUUGCCAAGAGUCGUUUUCUUCCUGAACCAAAGUGA